AUGUCAGCCGAUUUGCCAGUCCCAGAGACUCGCGUCCUCGCUGUUGCCAGUCAUGUUGUCUCUGGAUAUGUCGGCAACAAGAUUGCCGUCUUCGCGAUGCAGUCGCUCGGCUGCGACGUCGCCGCGCUAAACACGGUGCAAUUCAGCAACCACACGGGCUACAAGCAGGUCAAGGGGACCAAGGUGUCAGCGCAGGAGAUCACAGACCUCUACGAUGGCCUGAAGCAGUCCUACCUCGACGACUUCGACAUGAUGCUCUCGGGAUACAUACCGGGCGCCGAGGCCGUGCAGGCCGUGGGCCGCAUCGCGGCUGAGCUCAAGGCCAAGGCCAAGUCAAGGCCGGGGAGCUUCUUCUGGGUGCUGGAUCCGGUGAUGGGCGACAAUGGAAGGCUGUACGUCGCCGACGACGUUGUGCCCGCGUACAAGUCCCUGCUUCCGCACGCGGACCUGAUAUUGCCGAACCAGUUCGAGGCUGAGCUCCUCUCCGACGUCAAAAUCACAGACAUGACCUCCCUGACGCGCGCCAUCGAGGUGAUCCACACCAAGUACCUCGUCCCGCACAUAGUCCUGACCUCGGUGUCGCUCGACAACGACGGCGACGCGAGCGAGCCGGGCGCGGCCAGGACGCUCUCGGUCGUCGGCUCGACCAUGACGGCGUCGACGCGCAAGCCGCGCGCGUUCAAGAUCCGCUUCCCGGCCAUCGACGCCUACUUCUCGGGCACGGGCGACAUGUUCGCCGCGCUGAUGGUCGUGCGGAUGCGGCAGGCCGUGACGGCGGCGGGCGGGCCGGAGGCGGGGCUGGGCCGGACCGAGUCGUGGCUGAGCCCGGACGACGUCGACGCGCUGGACCUGCCGCUCGCGCGGGCGGCGGAGCGCGUCCUGGCUAGCAUGCACGAGGUGCUGGCUGCGACGUGCGAGAGCAUGAAGGCUGAGGUGAAGAGGGUCGAGGCGGACAUUGGUGGGGAUGACGAGAAGAGGAUGCACCUGGCACGGUCGAAAGCCGCCGAGCUGAGGUUGGUUAGGCAUCUUGGCUCCCUAAGGGAGCCAGUAGUCGAAUUCAAAGCACAGAAGAUGUAG